AUGGCGAGAGCGGCAGCACUUGCCGGGGUAUUUGCCCUGGCUGCAGUGGGGGGCAGCUCUGCCCUUCCACCUGUGCUUGAGGGUUCUACUGGUACCCCCAUGACCUGGACCGAAGGUUCUAUGGAGACCCCUGAUGUUUCUGUUGGCGCAAUGAGCACCGGCCGCAGCGGCAGUGCUGUCCGUAUGAUGGACACUGCUGCUACUCCUGAGGCCCCUCAGCAGCAGCCACAGCAGCCUCAGCAGCAGCAGCCUACCCCCAUGCAGGAGGCUGUUCUUGAAGCCGUAGACACUGCAGCCGAUGCAGUUCGUCAGAUUGUGACUCGUGUUCGUGAGAGGCUUGCUGGUGGUGUGACAAUGCCUACAGCAGGAGAAGCAGGAGUGACUCGUCCUGGUUCUAUGGCAGCAGCAGCAGCAGCAGCAGCAGCAGGUCCUGUUGCAGCACUACGUGGUGUAACAAAUGAUUUCCUUAGAGAAAUAAUGAUUCAAGAAGCAGUACUAGAAACCCUCUGGGCUGUUGUGAGAGAUGCACAAGAAAACCCAUGGAUGAUGAACGAGCAAGAAACCCUACAUACAACAACAUCUGAGGCAGUUCAGGGUUUCCUUACCCGCAUGCAUGAUAGACUGAGAGCAACAGGUUUCACAGAAGAAGAGGUUAUGCGUUUGCUUCCUCGUAGCCGCAGCUGCAGCAGCAACACAGCCGGUGGUUUGUUUGAAACAUGCACAGACCCCACCACCCCCGCAAGAAACCUAGGAAAGAAAGGAGGAUACUAUGGCUAUGGAUACCCAGCAACCUACCACUAUGGCUACAGCUAUCCUUACUAUAGUUAUACAUACGCAUACCCCAUGUAUGUACAGCCCAUGGCCUACCCUGCUUACUAUGGAUACUCCUGGGGGCCCUCUUACUACUACGGGAAACACGGAAAGCACAGACGCCUGGGUCAGGAGGAGAGUUUCUUACCCCCUACUCUGACUGCAGCAGGAACAGCAGCAGCAGUAUUGAGAGCAGCAGCAGCAGAAGCUGAAAUGCCUGCUGCAGCAGCACCUACAGAUAUGUUUCUACCCCCUGAGGCUGCAACUCCUAUGGGAAUGAGAAACCCUCUCUUCGGUCUAGAAGAAGGUGUACCUGGACGCUCCCUAUACACCAGCUGGAGCUCCCCAUACACCCGGUGGCCCUCUUACUAUUCUUCUCCUUACUACUACAGCACCCCCUACUACAGCAGGUCCUGGUAUAGCUACCCAUACACCCCAGCAUACAGCUACAGCUACCCAUACACCCCAGCAUACAGCUACAGCUACCCAUACACCCCAGCAUACAGCUAUGGAUACAGAUACACCCCGUCUUACAGCUACAGCUACCCUUACUACUAUAGAAGACUUGAGGUUCCUGAUCUGGGGGUCCCCAUGCAUCAGCAGCAGCAGCAGCAGCAGCAGCAAGAAACCACCAGCACUGCUGUGCCUGCUGAGCGUAUGAGCACCGCAUCUACCCGUACCACCCCCAGCAGCAGCAGCAGCAGCAACAGCAGCAGCAGCAGCAGCCUCAGAAGAGUAGGAGACAGAUAUGAACAAAUGACACCUUCUUCAACUUACUUUACUCCUAGCAAUGAAACCCCAGCAACCAACACUGUCUAUACACCUGAACAUGCUGUAGUAGAAGAACAAACCCUCUGGGAAACCUACAACUAA